AUGAAAUCGCGCUCACAGGUUUACUGCAGAACCAUAUCCCUUCGUCAUCCCGAUGGUUCAUUCGAGGAUGUUGGUCGAAUUGAGGGAGACUCCAGCUACCUCGAAAUGAUAAAGCGACUCUCGUCGCAUGCAGCAUCCCACCCUAGUCCACCUUACGCUUCGUGGGAUGACAUGUGGAGCGACACACCACGACAAGGAUGGCGAUCUUUACGCAAAAAGAUGGGCUUGGCGGCGUCUCCAGACGUCCAAGUUAUAAGCGAGUUAGUCAAGAAACUCCUUGCUCUAUGCGAAUCCGCCUUUCUCCCAUAUGUCAUAAUAAGCUAUCCAGGGAUUACUGCUCUUUACAAAGAAGACAUUAACGACGUGGCGGAGUACCUAAGCCUUCCAAAACUAACGGGCUUCUACAAUGUCCAUCCAUGGGAAGUUUACGCCGCUUUUGCGGGACAUGGGCUAGGAUUAUGCGAGCACUCCGAAGACAAGGAUCGAUGCAAAGAUGAAGGGGUCCAUCUACCGAUUUACGAAACUCUCUUGGUUCAAUAUACCGAUCAAGCCAUCCUAUUGCACACGACGCGCUUACAGACAGCAGUGGAUGUGGAUUAUGGGGCUUCUGACCCCCAUGUGAAAGCUUCUUUUGAGCUGGGCGCCAAUUCGAAUGCCGAUGAGCUUGCAUCGCGUGUAUUAGAAUUUGUGUAUCAGUUCAUGUGGCCUUGGUACACAGGCCAACUCGUUCCUGAUGAGCUCCUGGUUAUCAUGACGGGGAUCACGGAUCAAACUAUUCAAGAGGCUAUUCGAGAGGCAGCGGAGAGGGUAGUACCAAAAACUCAGAUACUUGCGUCCAAUUCAGAGUUUGUUGCAUCCAGGGGAUCGGCAGAGCUUGCUUGGAGAGUGAAUUUCACGGAAUUAUUUUGA